AUGGACGACACCUUAUGGAUUGCACCAACAAAAGAACAACUACAAGACAUUGUUAAUACUGCAACAACUUUCUUUCAACUAACAAAUAUACAAGUCAAUCCAGACAAAUCAAUACUUGCAGCAAUAACAAAAACUUCACAACCAGAAAUUCAGUUCAACAACACAGUUAUCAAAGCAAUAGACAUAAAAGCAAGUUUCAGAUUUCUUGGCUGUUGGUACAUGCCAAACAAAAAACAUACAUCAAAUCAAAAAAUUAUAAAAGAAGAAGUUACAAACGCACUAAAAAGAUUGCAGAGAACUCGGAUCACUGAUAAGCAAGCAAUAUAUAUAGUAAACACUGUGAUUCUUACAAGAAUAGCAUAUCGGAUACAGAAUACAACUCUAUCAUCAACA